ACCUGCGAGGAAGAGGAAGAGCGCCGCUGGGAAUUCGUUUUGUUGUUUUUUUCCUCAGUUGGAAUUCGUUUCAAAAUCUCUUCUGGUUUUGCCCAAAUUUCUGAAUGAGACAGGAAUCACAAUGCUGUUGAACUGCACGAGGCUGACACACGGCUGCACGACUCGCCGGGUCACGCAAAUCAGCCAGAUCCGGUCGCCCGCAUCACAUAACCACCACCUGGGCAGGUGCCUCCACCGACGCUCGGCCCUGCCAGCCAGGACCACCCCGCCGCCCGGACCCCACCCACCGCUGGCCACACCCUCCGGCCCCGCGCACACCCCCAGGCCCCAGCUGCUGCAGGCGCUCCGCAUGCCGUGGUGGUGCAUGCGACGCGGCUUCGCCCAGAGCAGCAAGUGGUUGGCCAGGAAUGCCAAGGCGGACGCAGUGCCUCCAGUCAGCGGAGCCGCGCCGGUGAAGAUGGCCAGAUCCCAGUACGGCCGCCUGCUCAGCCUGACCAGGUCGGAGAAAUGGGUGCUCUCAGCGGGCAUUGGCUGCCUGGUGGUCUCCUCGGCCAUCACCAUGUCGGUGCCCCUGUUCCUGGGCAAGGUCAUCGAUGUGGUCUUCAACAAAUCGGGCCUGGACAGCGCCGCCAUGGCCAAGCUGAGCGAGUACUCCAUGCUGCUCUUCGCCGUCUUCGUGCUGGGCGGCUUCGCCAACUUUGCCCGAGUCCACCUGUUCGGGAAUGCGGCCCUCCGCAUAGUGCGCAACCUGCGAUCCCGGCUGUACAGGUCCAUGCUGAUGCAGGAGGUGGGCUGGUUCGACACCAAGGGCAGCGGCGAGCUGGUCAACCGGCUGAGCAACGACACCUACAUGGUGGGCACGUCGCUCAGCCAGAACGUCUCCGACGGCCUGCGCUCCGUGGCCAUGAUUGGCGUCGGCACGGGCAUGAUGAUCUACACCUCGCCCCAGCUGGCGGCCGUGAGUGCCCUGGUGGUGCCCGCCAUGGCGGGCAUGGCCAUUGUCUACGGACGCUAUGUGCGGCGCAUCACCAAGUCGGAGCUGGACAAGUACGCGGAGAUCAUGAAGUACGCGGAGGAGCGCUUCGGCAACGUGAAGACGGUGAAGACCUUCUGCCGUGAGCAGCAGGAAGUGGCCGCCUUCGACGGCCUGCUGGACGAGGCUCUGCAGAUUGGCUACAAGGAGACGCGUGCCCGGGCCAUCUUCUUUGGACUGACUGGCUUCUGCGGCAACUUCAUCAUCAUAUCCGUGCUGUGGUAUGGCGGCACCUUGGUCCUGCAGGACUCGCUGACCAUCGGCGCCCUCACGGCCUUCAUGCUGUACGCCGGCUACGUGGCCAUCUCGAUGAACGGGCUGUCCAACUUCUACAGCCAGCUGAACAAGGGCGUUGGCGCGGCGGAGCGCAUCUGGGAGAUCCUGGACAGGGAGUGCACGAUACCCAUUGACAAGGGCAUCGUGCCGCUGGAGAAGCCGGUGGGCGAGGUGGGCUUCCGGAACGUCUACUUCACGUUUCCCACGCGUCCGGAGUCCGCGGUGCUCUCCGACUUCUCGUUGAACCUGAUGCCGGGCAAGACCACGGCGGUGGUGGGCCGCUCCGGGUCCGGGAAGACAACGAUAGCCCUGCUGAUGCUCCGACUGUACGAUCCGCAGGCGGGCGCCGUCCAGCUGGACGGCGUGGAUCUGCGGACGGUGAAUCCGCAGUGGCUGCGGAACAACAUUGGCGCUGUCAGCCAGGAGCCGGUGCUCUUCUCCUGCUCGAUCCGCGAGAACAUCCUGUACGGCGCCAAUCCCGGCGAGACGCCGAGCGAGGAGCAGCUGCAGCGGGUCGUGGCAGAGGCGAACGUCGGCCAGUUCACGGACCAACUGCCGGAUGGCCUGGACACGCUCGUCGGCCAGCGGGGCAUGAUGCUGAGUGGCGGGCAGAAGCAGCGAGUGGCGAUUGCCAGGGCGCUCAUCAAGAACCCCGCCAUCCUGAUCCUCGACGAGGCCACCAGUGCGCUGGACGCCGUCUCGGAGAACCUGGUGCAGAACGCCUUGGACAAUCUUGUCCAGGGGCGCACCGUGUUGACCAUUGCCCACCGACUGAGCACGAUCCGCAACGCGGACCAGAUCGCCGUCCUGAGCGAGGGCAAGAUCGUGGAGCAGGGCAGCUACAACGAGCUGAUGGGCAUCGAGGAGGGCGUCUUCCGGGAGCUGGUGGCCAGCCAGGCCUUCGCCGGGCGGGACUGAGGGACGCAGGAGCGACGUGGGAGCGGGGCUUAGACUAGGCGGAGUAGACGACUUAAGAUGGUGCAACUGUUGCGGUGCUAUGUGUUCAAAAACCAAAUGUUUUUAUUUCUUUGUACAAUACACACGAUUGACCCUUGUUGAA